AUGAUGGCUAUGGCCGCGCGGCCACAGACACCCGUGCAGGAUGCAUACAUGAUGCCACACCCCAAUGACCCCGGGGUGUUGAGUCGCGGUUAUGGACCCCGCUCCUCGUCCCGACCCAGCUCCUACGCAGGAAGCCCCUCGGCUCUCCACUACAGCCACGGCGCCCUCGACCAGCCUCAGGUUGCCCAGAACCCCCGAUUCAAAGAGGACUUUGACACGGCCAGUCACCGCAGCUCGGUGGUCCUCGAUGGCCCCGCCGUGCAGCGGUCAACCUCGCAAAUGUCCCGAGUCCGAUCGCCCACCCCAUCCCGCUCGGGGACCCUGCGGAAGAAAGCCUCCUUGAGUAAAAAGGGGAGCCUGCGACGUAAUGGGAGUCGCCGAAGUCUUCGCGCCGGCAGUGUGAGAAGUCUCAGCUUGGGCGACCGCGAGAAAUACAAUCCCGACGGAACCGAAGACGUCAAUAGCGCUUUCGCGGUCCCGAUCCCCACCAACGGCAACCCGACCGAGGUGCUCGCUUUUCGGUUUCAAGCCUGGAGGAAGGUUCUGAAGGACCUGAUCGUUUUCUUCAAGGAAGUUCAGAAAUCCUAUGAAACCCGGUCGAAGCUAUUCCUAUCGGCGUCCAAUGUCGUCAACAACCAAUCGAUUCCACCGGGUUUCCUCCAAUCUGGCGGUCUGGCCGAUGCGACGGAGAUUCUCCGAGACUUCCACCGACAAGGGUAUACGGAAGCCAACAAGGCGGUCGAGGUGGAGAUUGAAGUCAUCAGCCAAUUGACGGGACUUCGGAGCGAUCUGCAAAAGAAGACCAAGGAAAUCAAGAGUCUCUCGGGAGAUUUUAAGAACUCGGUCGAGAAGGAGAUCGAUGGUACCCGCAAGUCAGUCCGCAACUUGCACGAAGCCCUGGGCCUGGUCGACACCGAUCCCUCUGCGACGUCGGGCAAAGGUGAUCCGUUCAUCAUGCGCCUCAACGUCGAACGGCAGGUUGAGAAGCAGAUCGAAGAGGAGAACUACUUGCAUCGGGCAUUCUUGAACUUGGAGAACUCGGGCCGUGAAUUAGAGUCGAUCGUAGUAAGCGAAAUCCAGAAAGCCUACAACGCCUACGCCAGCAUUCUCCGGCGCGAGGCCGACGAGGCCUAUGACACCAUCGAGAAACUCCGGGUGGGUCCCAUUUCCAUGCCCCAGGACCACGAGUGGAACUCGUUUGUAGCCAACACCGACGAAUUGGUCGACCCCCGGAUCCCACUCCGGAAUGUGGAGAACAUCACCUACCCCGGCAAAGAUCACCCGGCUGCUGCCGAAGUGAGAGCUGGAAUGCUGGAGCGCAAGAGCAAGUAUCUGAAGAGCUAUACUCCUGGCUGGUACGUUUUGUCGCCGACACAUCUGCAUGAAUUCAAGUCAGCCGACCGCGUGGCAUGGCAAACUCCUGUCAUGUCGUUGUACCUGCCCGAGCAGAAGCUCGGCUCGCACUCGCAGCCGGACUCGAGCUCCCACAAGUUUAUGCUCAAGGGGCGUCAGACCGGGGCCAUGCAUCGGGGUCACUCAUGGGUGUUCCGCGCCGAGUCACACGACACCAUGAUGUCGUGGUAUGAGGAUAUCGAAAGCCUGAUCAAUAAGACGGGCGAGGCGCGCAAUGCCUUUGUCCGGCGGCACGUCCGCAGCGUGAGUGGCAUGUCCACGAACAGUGAAGUCAUGGAGGACGACGAGGCCGACCGCACUCCGUACUCCGCUGAAUCGGUCGUCUUGGCUCAAGAUCGGCCCACGUCGGCCACUCGUCAACCCGGCGGCGCUUUCCCCAGCGAUGUUCAGAUUGAUCGGCACCUCCAGGCACCCUUGUCCCCAUCCAGCGGUGAUAGCUCCGUCGGCAGAGAUAUGCUGGUCGCUGCGGGUUCUAUCCCAGAUGGAGAUAGUGCUCUGGAUGAUUCGCGGUUGGUCAACACAGAUCACCGCCCCUCCCAGACGGGCCAGGAAGAUCCAUCUCGGUCCCGCGUGAGUCGACACGACAGCUACUACGGUGACUGGAUCGGACCUACCGCCAUUGUUACCAAGCAGCAGAGCCAGCCAGAACCGGUGAAUCGUACCGAGGAUCGAGAGAUUCGAUCCGAUGGAGAUCAUGCCUCCAUGCUGGGCGUCGGCGUGGUGGAUCGCCGUGACCAUUCGGCUCCUCCGGGCCAGGUGGCUCGUCGCGAAAGUGUAUCAACCGUACCCACCAACACAAAUGGCACAGAGUAUACGAACAACACCAUGGCUACCUCUGUGGAGGAUAACCCGAAAUCCACCAUCCCCGAGGUUGUCGGUUCGGGCGAACCCGAUGGUCUACCGGCUGGUGGCAUCGUGGAGAAAUCCGGCAAUGCCAAAACCGGACCUGAUCUGACACGGCCCAAGACCGACAGUAUUGUUGCCCUUGACAUGAAGAUCCCCGGCCGCUUCCCACCCACCAAUGUGGCCGCAUGA